AUGUUGGCAAGUUCCAAGAUCUUGGUGUUUAUACAUAAUCCAUAUCAACGGCUUGGCAUCUCAGGGGGUCGGAUGUCUAUAAGUCAGAGCAGCUCUGAAGUUUCAUUGCUUAACAUUAACCAGACAGUAUCAGCUGUCACUGCAGGACACCUUUCCCAGAGCAAGACAGGUGACAUUCUUGUAGUGGGAACACCUACUAAUGUGUUGGCCUAUGAUGUCCAAAACAAUGCUGAUGUCUUCUACAAGGAUGUUUCUGACGGAGCCAAUGCCAUUACCAUUGGACAUUUAGGGCGAAAUCCUUUACCAUUGGCACUUAUUGGGGGUAACUGCUCCAUCCAUGGCUUUGAUGGUGAUGGUAAUGAUCCAUUUUGGACUGUGACGGGAGACAACGUGUCUUCGAUCACUCUGACUGACUUUGAUGGUGAUGAUGAAAAUGAGCUCUUGGUGGGCUCUGAGGACUUUGACAUAAGAGUGUUCAAGCGUGAAGAGAUUCUCUUUGAAAUGUCGGAAACUGAGGCAGUGACAGCUUUAUGCCCAAUGCAUGGAUCCAGAUUUGGAUAUGCGCUUGCCAACGGAACUGUUGGAGUUUAUGAAAAGAUAUCAAGGUGGUGGAGGAUAAAGUCCAAAAAUCAGGCAAUAGCUAUCUACAGUUAUGAUAUUGAUGGGGAUGGUGUUCCAGAGUUAAUUACAGGAUGGAGUAAUGGGAAGGUAGAUGCUAGAAAUGAUCGGAGUGGAGAGGUUGUCUUUAAGGAUAAUUUCCAAGGAACAGUUGCUGGUAUAGUCCAAGGUGACUACCGUAUGGAUGGCAAAAACCAGCUCAUUUGUUGUUCAGUUGAUGGUGAAGUUCCUUCUCCUGAAAGUCGCUAUUCGCUCAUGGACGUUAACAUUGAACAAGAGACCAUCCGAGAGCUAAGCCAACGCCGACACAACUUAUUGAUGGAACUGAAAAAUUAUGAGGAGAAUCAGCGAAUGGGCUCGUCUGGGGAAGUACUCUUUGGCAAACCGUCAGCAGCAGGAGACCAAGUUGGAGUUAUCCCAGCCAAUACGCAACUGCAGACUGGUCUUGCAAUUAAGGGAAAUGAAGAAAACAGUAAACCACCACACGUGGAGAUAGCUCUUGCAACAACAAAUGAUACUGUAAUCCGUGCUGUCAUAAUUUUUGCUGAGGGCAUCUUUGAGGGAGAAAGCCAUGUGUUUCAUCCUAGAGAAAAUUCUCUGACAAGCAAUAUAAGGGUUCCUCUAUACCCACCAAAGGAUGUACCAGUGGAUCUUCACAUUAAAACUAUGGUUGGAUACAAGGGAUCACUUCACUACCACGUAUUUGAACUGACUCGUCAACUUCCUCGCUUCUCUAUGUAUGCUCUUUGUACGACAUCUGUCAACCAGCCUCAAGGGUUUGUCAAGUUCAAGCUAAAUGAAAGAGUUGCAAGAAUUGUAAUGUGGAUUAAUUCAAGUUUCCUGUUGCUUGAAGACAUGCAGGCCAAUAGCAAUGGAGGACUAGAAGUUUCAUUCUUAUCCUUGAGGUCCAGUUUACCUCUCAUCAUUGAAGUCUCUUCUGCGUGCGAUAUAGUGAUAGGACAUGACAUGGACAUCGCGGGUGACAUCAUACAAGCCCUUGCAAAUUACCUGAAUCUUGAAGAUUUACAAGUAGAAGCUGAUUUCCCUGGAGAAUUAGAGCAGUUGGGAUCAGUUCUAGAGCGUGUAGAAGAAUACCAUGCUACACGUCAGCGUCUGUCAGCAGAAAUGGCCGACCACUCAGGUGUUAUCCGUACUUUAGUUGUUCGGGCAGAGGAUGCUCGACUUAUGUCAGACAUGCAAAGCAUGCGGCAGUGGUAUGGGGAGUUAUACAACCUUAACAAAGAUCUCAUCAGUGGAUAUAAGAUCCGAUGCAACAACCAUCAGGAGCUGCUUAGCUGCCUCAAGCAGGUCAAUCAGACUAUCCAAAAGGCAGGAAGACUAAGAGUUGGAAAGUCGAAGACCGUGGUUGUCAGUGCCUGCAGACAAGCUAUUAAAAGCAACAACAUCAAUGCACUCACAAAAAUUAUUCGCUCUGGAACAACCUGAAAUAACUAAUGGGAUAAAAUGUUCAUAAAUUGUUAUAUAUUGCUAUAUAUUGAUUUUUAAGGAAACUUAAUUAACAUGCAAUAACAUAUACAUAUUAUGAAAAUGAUAUGGAUGCACAGUAUUAUGAGCAGAAUAUUUGAUUUUUUAAGCACGGUGAGUAACCCCCGGACGGGAUGUGCUCAUUCAGGUUGGAUAAUCUCGCUGACCCUCCGGAAGACCAGAAGGACGAGCACAGACACUUAUGGCCUCAGCCUAAUGUAGGAUAUGUGGAUGCCUGGCCAUUUGGCGUUGAUUCCCUUGGGUGUGCACGACAGUCAUUUUUAAAUCUAGUCAGUCAGGUGCUCUAAGCUGGACGGCAGUUGAUGUUAGGACGAUGUCAAAGCUGACAAGGAUGGGAAUGGUUGUGUGCCUGUGGUGCUGGCAUAAAGGAUUUUUUUUUUAUACAUAGACAUUUAUGUAUAUCACACACACACACACACACACACACACACACAC